AAUGUUUUGAAACAUAGAAAACCUAAAAAUUAACCUUGUUCACUUCCAAAUAACAGAAAUAACUCCCUCAAAUUGUACUCACAACCUUGGUAGUUCAAGAGACUUGGGCAAAAACUGAAACUUUUUUUUUCACACAUUUUGGAAUGGAAUGGAGUCAUAUUUGAAUCGGUCAUCAAGACGAUUCAAUAACUAUCAAACGCAGUCUCUUAGAUGGUACUUGGAAAGUCAUGGGCAGGAAAAGAGGAAGGCCUGCUGUAGGCGACAAAGCAAAAGAGACCCUCUUGCAAAUGGAAGAAGAUAACCAAGUUCUGUUGAUGUUCAGGGACUAUGCCAGUACCUUAGAUGAGAAGCAUGACCGCCAUGAAAGAAUUGUGAAACAAAGUCGAGAUAUCACCAUUGAGGCCAAAAGGAUCAUUUUUUUACUACAUAAUACCAAUACUGACAU